AUGGGGACGGAGCUCGUGCCCCUGGCGCCCACGCCCAGGGAGCAUAUCGAGCAGGUGGCAAAGACAAACAGCGUGUUCUCAGACUCUGAACUCGAGGACUUUGGGGACCUGGACCCUGCCCUCCGGCGUAAGUUGGAGGCUACUAUUCUUCGGAGGACGAAGUCUCCCAUCAUCAGCUUUUUGGAAGAAUUCAGGGCCGACACAGUCAAUCGCCUUUGGGAGUUGGUCGAGUAUGCAGACAACCAAGAUUACGGUCAGGCGAAAGCAAAAGGUGAAGCUGCGGAGAUCAAAUUCGAAGUCCAUCCAGGCAGAAUCCUUAUAAGAUUCAACGACAAUGGUCUCACACCCAAGAGCGUUGAUGACUUGUGCGAUACCAGCUCUAUCGUUGACACCGCCGACACAGCAGCAAUACCCAGUCAGCUGCAGCACAAGUUUCUCUUCAAACUUGCCUGGAAAAUGCAUUGGGCAUCAAACGGGUAUUCUUUCAGUUUCGUCCAUCGUGACGGCGAUCUCGGUACUGGCAUGUUCUCACCAAUCUGGGAAGAGGACGAACCCAGAGACGAAUCUUUGGAACAAGAGACCAGUGGAGGUACUUGUAUUACGCUCUUUCUACACAAGCAUGAUGACCCGCAGGCCGACUUGGAGCAGACAUGUCAUAUUCUUAGGGAAUUCGAGAUUCUCCAGAACAGCACCUGCGAGCUUCUGCUUACUACGAAAGUGGAGAACUUUACUGUGUCUUCACACGAUUCUGAAGGGAACACCUUGGAGUCGACUAUAAUCACGCUUAAGCGGCACAAGGUUGAGGGACAAGACCUUUUCACCAUAACCAGAAGCAGGUCUUCGGAGGAGGCAAUAAUCGAGCGGGUCUUCAUCCACGACAUCACAUUUUUUGACGCUCCAUCGAAGAUCGAUGAUGAGAGUACUGCUCUGGAGCAAACUGACGUUGUCAUUGCGUUUGAACUGACACAUGACCCACGAAGCGGACCUCAGCCCGUUUGGGGAUGCCACCACGCGCAGUUGAAGUCUUUGGGUCUCAAGUUCCUGCUCCAAGCCGAUUUCGAUGUCCGCGACGGCAUCCCGGCCCCAAGUAAGCGGAACCAGGCAAUUCUCGAUGCCAUCGCCACCCACUUCGUCCACAUAGUCGAAAGCUUCUCCAAGACAUCACUGGGCUAUCACUGGGCUCGCUGGUUACCUCAAAAGGAGGACGCCGGCUCAGGCACCAUGAUCACACCAGCCCGCUUGCACAGUAAGAUCAAGGAUGUUCUAAAUGACGCGGAAGUCUUCCGAACGAGGACGCCGGAUGAAUUCCAAAUGCUCUCUGCAGUUCGACGGAUACCUGACUUUUGGCUCGAUGACAACGGCGACCCGCUGUUCCCGGAUACAGAUGACCCCGUCUAUCCCGCGAAAGAAUACGAAAACUCGGAUCUUGAUCUUCUCUCGUCUUACGGUCUUAAGUAUAUGACGUGGGACCAUCUGCUGGCUCGUAUCAAAUUCGACAUGCGAGGGGCAGGCCAGCAUACCCCUCGUUGGUCGCCCAACAAUCUCCUAACCAACGAGAAGUGGCGCUGCCUUGCUGUGAAAGCAAUACUUCACAUUCAUCAUAACAUUCCUCAAGAGGCCGUCAAGCGGCUGCGGAAGAUGCCGCUGAUUCCGCUAUCCACGACGCAGAUGGUUACGGCGGCCAAAGUCAAGCCGAUUUAUUUCCCAUUUGACAACAAAGGUCUUGAGAUACCCACGUCCAUUUCGCUCAAUCUCGUCCUCAAGGAUCUGAGCGGCGUCUCCGAUUUCGGUCCUGACGACCAGGACCGGCACAAGUUGUUCAACAGACUUGGGGUGCAAAUGGCAAAUACGACUUUCGUACGGGACCGUAUUCUCAGCUCCCCAAUGCAUGAAGUAUUGAAGUCGGGGUCGUCGAAGAAGAAUCGGGCCGUCGAACGAUUGAGAUACCUGUUUCUUUCUGAUGAAUGGAGUGUCGAGAGUGAAGACCCAUCACUGGUAGCCGAGAACCUCGUUGUGCUGGACACCAAGAAUCGCAUACGAAGUCCAGCCGGCUCAGCCCACCAUCGCACAUAUUUGAAAACAACCGAUCCGUACGGCCCCUGGGAGCUUCUCAAAGGUCCCUCGAGUGGCGAAGGCACCGAUUUCGAUGCCUCUUUCCUCCACGAGAUGUAUACAAAGGACGAGCCAACUGCCAAAGACGGCGGCGGGUCCUGGACUGCGUGGCUGCACCGCUACCUGAGCAUCAGCACACACCUUCCACUAGUCGACCCGCAAAACACCGCAAAGCUUUCACCAGAGUUCGAACACGUGUACACGCACCAUCCAGAAAGGUUCAUCGGCGCGCUGCAGCGACACUGGCAUCUCUGUGACGAGUGGUCGCCCAAUCACGCGGCGUUUAUCGAGAAUCUGCGAAACCGCGAGGUCAUCUGCAACGACGGGAAAAAGUACCGUCUAUCAGAGACGUUCCUUCCACUUCCCGAGGUGAGGGAGAAAGUUUUGGAAUAUGUCGCUACGCCGUUUGCCGUCCUUGAUCUUGACGAGGAGGUUACGGCAUCUUCCUACUCUUUCAAAUGGGGAUUUUUGGUCCUGGAGCUACGCGUUAAGACCGGUGUCUUCGAAAGCAUGGAGUUCUAUCUUGAUGUCCUCAAAAAGCUUUCGUCGCUUCCCAAGAGUGGCUUUGCGAAGCCGGAUGCGGUUGGCGAAACAAUCAUACGGCUGUAUGAGAAAAUACAAGCUCUCUUCUUGUCGCUUAGCGGCAGCAGCUCAGAGCGGGCCAAAACAGAACGGGCCAAAACAGAACGGUCCAAAAUUAUGGUGGGUGCUAGUAUCCGUGUUAAGACCACUGGAGAUGAAGAAACUAAAGAACUUUACAGGCAAGAGUUCCAGAACAAUCGUUUAGUCUGGGUGCCCGGGGAAAGCGUAGCUGAUGAAGACAUGCCGCGCUGGGCUACCCUCAAGGAAUGCGUGUGGAAGGCCCCUCAUCAUAUCCUUUCCAAGCACAACCUCGAGGAACGCUACAGAACCCAGCUCGAAGGCGCGGAUGAAAGAUUGGCAACUUUGGAACAGUUUUUCCAAACUACCCUCGGCAUCGCGGAUUGGAGCUUUGCCAUUGACGACAUGAUCGUGGAGUUGUCUGAGCUUCGGCGGGCAGAAUCUAUCGAAGAAGAUAUUCGGGAGAGCAGCGCACUAUACUGUUACAAGCGAAUGGAUGAUAUCCUGGGAAAAGGAACAACUCGGAAGGUAGAAGUAGAGCGGCUGAGAAAGACUUUCACAGACGAACAGCUCAUCUAUGUGCGAGACAAGCGCACCGGUCGUAGCAUCUGGCUCACGUCUGGCUACUGCUUUUGGUCCUUCGGCACGAUUAGUCCCCUGAACCACAUAUCAAUCAACUCGAUGUAUCCAGAUUUCAACGACUUAUUCGUCAAAUUCCUGGGGGUUCACCAGCCUGACUUCGACAUGGUUUACAAAUUUCUCCUAUCGUCGAGUAAACUGACUUCCGCUACUCUCUCAAACGUCAAAGCAGCUAUGUUGGCGCUCAACACGUAUGGAGACUUCCGAGGACGUCACAGCACUUUGGAUCCUGCGCCUCUUUUGAAGGAGAAGAUUUUCCCGGUCCGACACCCGAACGGCCAGGUGACUCUUGAGCCUAUCACAACUGAGUUCUUCAUCGUGGACAGAAAGAACUUUGGUUUGAAGUUCGCGUCGAAGGUAAAGCUUCUUGAUUUUACAGUCGAAGAAACCCAGGCCCUCGAAGCCGUAUUUGUAUGGCUUCGCAUGGGUGAUCGCUAUUUGUCAUUCUUCGUACGAGAUCAAGGCCUUCUCCUGGAUGUCUAUUCAUCAAGCCCCGUGCAACCAUACCGAGAUAUGAAGCGUCGGGCGUAUGCGUUGUGCCGCCCACGCUGGGCUGCGGAUAAGCGAAAGAUGUACCAAGACCUGACGAACUUGGAAACCUACGAGACAGAUGGUAUAUGUCGGCAACUGUCCAUUCUUCAAGACGGACAGACCCACUACUCCGAGAUCGAGAAAAGUGAUGGCAUCUUCUGGGCAGACAAUGACACGUUGUACGUUCCGCGUGAUCCGGCUCGACAGGAUGUCUGCUAUCACAUGAAUCUCCCAAAACAGGUUUUCGCCUGGAUGAUGAGUGAUCCCUCAACUGGAAGACUCACUUUGAGUGGAUUCGCGGUGGACCGGAAGAUCCAGCUCGUCGCUGCUGUCAUCAACAUGUCGGAGUCAAGUGUGCCUACGGCCUUAGUCGCAGCAGACAUUGGCGAGAUCGAUUGGCGAGAGGUGGACAACGAGAGGGUGGCGACCACGCCCGAAGCCGAAGUACCGCACUAUUUUGAGAUGCCCACGACACCCACAAAGAGCAGGAGUCCAACACCCGGCCUGCCGAACGCAGCUGAACCAACUGAGGAGGCAGCCAACACGCCAGAGGCAUCUACGACACCCACAAAGCGCAAAAGCUCAUCACCUGAGCCGCCGAAUGCAGCUGAGCCAGCUCAGGAGACCGUCGUCGCGCAAUCAGACAUUUUUCUCCCCAGCAUCGAAGAUUCCGAUACGCCGAAACGUGCGAAGUUGGCAAUGGUGGAAGUGGAAGAGUUCGAUUUCCGAAUGCCUUCACCGGACCCGAAACCAAAAUCUAUCUCGUCGCCUGUGAAGACCUCAUUACCCGUAGUGCCUGCAGGCCAAGGCUUCACCUUUAGGAUACAGACCCCGCCAACUGUCACUCGUCUGCUUCAGCCCCCACCGGAUGAGGACUAUGGGGGGGUGAGGUAUGUGGUAGGCAAAGAAAUGGAAAGUUAA